CAAAGACCAAAAUCCGAUUGCAGUUCCGCACCCGUCAUGUUGAAUCCAACGAGCCAGAGUCCCCCAGAUGGUAGCGCCACCCAGGAGGUUGGGCAGACGGAGCAGCGCCAGGUGGAGGCAUCUGAAGCUCAGCACUUGGGCUGGAGCUCCGACCAACAAGCCGAUCUGCAGGAUCUGCAGGUGUCGCAGGAGCAAGUAUUCGGCUACCUCACCGAGAUUCACCUGAGCCACAAACAAAUCACCAAGCGCUUCGUCGAGCUGCUCAACCUCUUCGAGGACUACAACAAGAUCCUGGAGACUGGGAGCGAGCACUAUGGCGGCAGCCCGGAACAGUUUACCGGGAAGGAAGCCGGCGACCAGAAUUUAUAUAAAACAUCUUUAUCGAGCCUAAUGCAAUUAUCUGAGUGCACGAUCAUGCCCUAUGCGGACUCCAGCCAGGCGGUGACCUGCGAGGUGAGCAGCCAGACCUCCUGGAGCGCCCUGGAGCAGCGGCAGGCGGACGUGAAGGAGCUGGAGGCUAGGCUGGCCCAGGCGGGCGUGGGCGAUUCCGUUCAGGUGGACAUCGACAAGCCGAGCAAGCUGCAGCAGCACACGAUCCACAUCGAGGUGGAGUCGGUGACAUCGGCAACGGCAAUGCAGAGGCCUCCGCUGCGCCAGAGGAUGUGGCAGGUGGUCGUCCAGACGGCAGACACGAUAAUGGCCUGCGCCUAUAUGAUUGGCGAGAACUUCACCUACGUGCUCUUCAUUGUCCUGUGCCUGUGGUGCCUCUAUCUGUUGAUGGGCCACUACUACACCUUCCUGCAGACGAACGUCAGCCAGCAGAUCGACCUGAAGCGCGACCUGGUGAAGGCCCAUCCCCAGUAGAUAUUUGCAUUAAGAUUGGUUUAGUUUCACUCUCAAAUAAAUGACAAAACAAGUAGAA